UGUUUUUUUCUCAAUUAUCACAUUUUAGUGCACAGUAAUCCAAGCAUUCAAAAUACAUACAUAUUACAGCAAAAUGGCAUAUACAGCAAUGUUCACAGUAUUACACUUCAACAAAGUUCAAACUGAAAACACAGUUCACCAGCAGGGAUAGACUCAAUGAAUCAAGGCACACUUCUCCAGAGGAGCAAUAUAAAACAAUGAAAAGAAAACUAGUUAGGACAAUUUGUCACAUAUCAGCUUCACAAAGUCAGUGUUGAAUGACAGACAACCAGCACAAGAGAAAAGUACUGUACAAACACAUUUCAUAAAUGUUAUAACAAAUAUAGAAUAAUGUGCAAUGAUAACGGUCAAUAUGCUGUUUUUGUAAAGAGAGUUGGUCACAAAAUAAUGGAGAGGAACAUGGUAUGUUAUUGUACAUUUAGUUUUUCUUUAGUUUCUGCUUAUAGAAACAUAUUAAUCAUGGAAAAUGUUCCUGUUGUGUCCCUUCUGAACAUAUGUUCUAUAUUAAAACAAAAUUAAUUUGUUUAAAAUUCAUUUUUUCUGUAUAAAAUUAAUUAAAUACCAUUCAAUUUAAUAAAUUAUAAGCCCAUGAAAAUAAAAUUCAAAAGAAUUUUAUUAAGAUUACUAGACCACAUUAAUGUACUAUAUAAUAAAUAUAUGUUAACUUAAUUGUAACUCAGGAAAGGUAUGCUUAGCACAACUAAUACUUAAGAGCUGAUGUGAACUAGAGGAUACAGCUGUACCUCAAAAGCAGGCGUAGAAUUUGGAAGGACAGAACUAUAAGCAAUUGUAAAAAUGGACGCCUGGUGGCGCUGUUGACUAAGAGUAAGAAUGAAGGGCUCCACAGAUGCCCAGGAAGCUAAAGAAUAAGCUGAAAAUCAGAACGCUGUCUGCUCCACAGAAGGAGAAGGUAUGGAAGUGUGAUCUAGGGGAGAUGUCCCCAGGAACAAUAAAGCGUUAAAGAAAAUUUAAUUCGAGGUUAUAUCUCCAAACCUUACCUAAGUGGAUUAUAAUCGACUGGAAGAAGCAGCGCCCUCUGGACUGCAUCUGAACAAUGGAGACAGCUCUAGCAAAAACGCCAGAGAAAAGGCAAGUCUUUUUUCUUACUGUAUUGCUGCUUUUGUGGGAGGCUGAUUCUGAGGCGAUUAGAUAUUCCAUGCCAGAAGAAACGGAGAGUGGUUACUUGGUGGCUAACCUGGCAAAAGAUCUGGGGCUCAGGGUGGGGGAACUGGCCACCAGAGGGGCGCGAAUCCAUCACAAAGGAAACAAAGAGCUCUUGCAGCUGGAUGCAGAGACCGGGAAUUUGUUCUUAAAGGAAAAAUUAGAUCGAGAGGAGCUGUGUGGUGUGACAGACCCCUGUGUGCUGCAUUUCCAGCUCAUUCUGGAAAAUCCUGUGCAGUUCUUCCAAACUGACCUGCAGAUCACAGACAUAAACGACCACUCUCCAGAGUUCCCACACAGGGAAAUGCUCCUAAAAAUCACUGAAAGCGCCCAGCCAGGGACUGUGUUUCCUCUGAAGGCAGCUCAGGACUCUGACAUAGGGAACAAUGCUGUUCAGAACUACACAGUCAGUCCCAACCUCCAUUUCCACGUGGUUACUCAGAGUCGCACUGAUGGCAGCAAAUACCCUGAGCUGGUGCUGGACAGAACCCUGGACAGGGAGGAGCAGCCUGAGCUCACUUUAACCCUCACUGCUGUGGAUGGUGGGUCUCCACCCAAGUCUGGGACCACAGUAGUUCGCAUUGAAGUCGUGGACAUCAAUGAUAACGCCCCCCAGUUUGUACAGUCGCUCUAUGAGGUUCAGAUUCCUGAGAACAGCCCCCUUGAUGCUGUAGUUUUGACAGUCUCUGCCAGGGAUUUAGAUGCGGGGAUACAUGGGAAUAUAGCCUACUCUCUGUUUCAAGGGAGUGGAGUUUCUCAACCAUUUGUAAUAGAUGAGGUCACAGGAGAAAUUCGUCUUAAAAGGGUAUUGGAUUUUGAGGCAACAACUUAUUAUAACAUGGAAAUUGUAGCCACAGACAGUGGUGGCUUUUCAGGAAAAUGCAGUGUCCUUGUUGCAGUGGUGGAUGUGAAUGACAAUGCCCCUACACUCACCAUAUCUUCGCUCACUACUUCCAUCCCAGAAAAUGCUCCUGAAGCUGUAGUUGCUGUUUUCAGUGUUUCUGAUCCAGACUCUGGGGACAAUGGAAGGAUGGUGUGUUCUAUUCAGAACAAUCUCCCAUUUCUUUUAAAGCCCACAUUCGAGAACUAUUACACUUUAAUGACAGAGGGGCCACUAGACAGAGAGAGCAGAGCUGAGUACAACAUCACCAUCACAGUCACUGACAUGGGCACACCCAGGCUCACAACUCAGCACACCAUAACAGUUCAGGUGUCUGAUGUCAACGACAACGCCCCCUUCUUCACACAAACCUCCUACACCGUGUUUGUCCAGGAGAACAACAGCCCCGCCCUGCACAUAGGCACCAUCAGUGCCACAGACUCAGACUCUGGCUCCAAUGCCCACAUCACCUACUCUCUGCUGCCCACCCACGACCCGCAGCUGGCCCUCUCCUCGCUCAUCUCCAUCAACGCCGACAAUGGGCAGCUCUUCGCGCUCAGAGCACUGGACUAUGAGGCUCUGCAGACCUUCGAGUUCCAGGUGGGCGCCACAGACCAAGGCUCUCCUGCACUCAGCAGCCAGGCGUUGGUGCGUGUGCUGGUGCUGGACGCCAACGACAAUGCGCCCUUCGUGCUCUACCCGCUGCAGAACGCCUCUGCACCCUGCACAGAGCUGCUGCCCAGGGCGGCAGAGCCAGGCUACCUGGUCACCAAGGUGGUGGCAGUGGACCGCGACUCUGGACAGAACGCCUGGCUGUCCUUCCAGCUGCUCAAGGCCACAGAGCCCGGGCUGUUCAGCGUGUGGGCACACAAUGGCGAGGUGCGCACCUCCAGGCUGCUGACUGAGCGCGAUGCUCCCAAGCACAGGCUGCUGCUGCUGGUCAAGGACAAUGGAGAUCCUCCAAGGUCUGCCAGUGUCACUCUGCAUGUGCUGCUGGUGGAUGGCUUCUCUCAGCCCUACCUGCCUCUGCCAGAGGUGGCGCGCGACCCCGCUCACGACAAUGAGGAUUUGCUCACACUGUACCUGGUCAUUGCCUUGGCUUCUGUGUCUUCCAUCUUCCUGUUGUCUGUGCUGCUGUUCGUGGGGGUGAGGCUGUGCAGGAGGGCCAGGGCGGCCUCUCUGGGUGGCUGCUCUGUGCCUGAGGGACACUUUCCUGGCCACCUGGUAGACGUCAACGGCACUGGGACCCUGUCCCAGAGCUACCAGUAUGAGGUGUGUCUGAGGGGAGACUCUGGGACAGGUGAGUUUAAAUUUCUCAAACCCAUGGUCCCCAACUUGUUUCAGGAUGCUGGGAGAGAAGUUAAGGAAAGUCCCCACUGCAGGGACAGCUUUGUAUUCAGUUAACUUUUGUGUUUGGUUCAGUGAAUUUAGUUUUGGUAAAUCUAUAGCAAUAUGGUUCUCUUAAGAAAGUGAAUCAUUUUCUCUAAGUAUUGACAUUGUAAUCGAAGCAUAUGCAUGUCCUCCAUUACCAAUUUUUUUUUUUACUUUCUUGCCAUCUGCUGUACUUAGAAGUGUCAGGUGUGAUGAAUAUUAAGAACACAAUUUCAACUUAUAUUUUACUUUAGCUCAAGUAUUGCAAAACAAUUACAAGCAUUUUAGUUAACCUGUUUUGGGUUUUUGUUGGUUGGUUGGGUUGGUUGGGUUUUUGUUUGUUUGUUUGUUUUUUGUUCUUGACAUAGUAUGUCUGUAUGUAGCUCUGGCUGUCCUAGAACUCACUAUGUAGACCAGGGUGGCCUCAAACUGAUAGACAUCCAUCUUCUCUCUCGAGCUCUCAAAUGCCAGCAGCUUUAUUAUUUUUACCAGAUAAUUUCAAGUUUUUAUGGCCAAAGUGUUUACAUAGUUUUAACUUCAUUUUGUUGUAUUGGAUAUUAAAUAUAGGACCUCAUACCUGCUAACCAUAUAUUCUGAUAGAAUGAGCUUCACUCACAGUUGAAGUUGCUCAUAGUUACCUUGAGCAGCCAUGAGCAUAACAACUUGCAUACUUGUCUUCAAAUUGUAAACAUUCACUUAUUAAAAUAAUAAGACAUAAUUUGUAUUGCAUAAUACAAAAAUUAUUGGUUUUUAAUUGAACUCUAAUCCUUUUUCAUCUUAUGUGAACCACACAUGCUAGAGGUUGUCUGUGUUAUUUGUCCACCACAUACCUAGCACACUGUUCCUUAAAUAUUAAUUUUAACAAUCUCAUUUAUAAAUAUUAAAGAGAUAACCUUAUGUCUUGUUAAUUUGUCAUCUAUUUCACUAAACAAAACUGUUUCAGAGUAAGAGUAUAAUCAGUGAUUGACCAAGCAUGCAUGCCAAGGCCUGGGUAACACUUCCAAGCAGGAAAAAGAAACAGACAGAAAAAAACACACCUGUUAAAUCUUUGCUUGACACAAUACUGUUUGAAAACUAAUCUGGGUAACAGAAGAAACCACUGACAUCCUCAAGGAAUCGAGACUUUUGAUGGUCUCAUUUUAUCUUAUUGUUCCAGAAAUAAAAGUGUUCAUGGAGCUUUUGUGAUUUUUU